AUGCUCAGUCGUUUAUCAACUUUUCAUACACUUCGUUACUUGUCAACCGCUCCAGAAUCGCUAACGCAAGCUUUAAAUGGAUUAAAUAGUCGAACUGCUGGCGAUCAACUUCUUGAAUAUAGUAAACGGUUUGUGAAUGUUUACAAUCUGGAACAGGACAAAAGAAAAUCGAUAUUUGUAUCACUUGUUACUGAUUAUGGAAUCAACAAAGACGCUUUGAAACAUGCGAUUUCAUUGUAUUCCAAGAAUGACACACUGUAUCCCGAAGUGCGAACAGCAGCAACAGCGACAUAUUUAAAACUAAUCAAAGCAAUUGGGAAUCUUCCAAAUGGAGUCAAACAAGUGUGCAAUAUGCGUGCCCAAAUCCUGGCACUUAUCAAAAAGGAGACGGACAAGAGCGAUUUGGCAGUAUUGAGAGAUCUAGAGGCUGCGUGCCGAGAGAUUCUAACAAAUUGGUUCUGCUUGGGAAAUUUGAAAUUAGAAAGACUAACGUGGUCUUCGCCAGGCGACAUUCUACACAAAGUUGCUGAAUAUGAAGCAGUACAUCCUGUUCGAGGUCUUACUGAUUUUCGAAAACGUCUUGGGCCACUCAGGAGAUGCUUUUAUUUUUCGCACGAAGCUCUUCCACGUGAUCCGCUUGUCAUGGUGCAUGUCGCAUUACUCGACAAGAUCGCGGACAAUGUGCAGAGCAUUGUGGAUAGCGGCGAACCUGUCGGAAAUGAGAACGAUAUGAACACCGCCAUUUAUUAUUCGAUUACAUCGACGCAAGCAGGUUUGUCCGGAAUUGAUUUGGGCAACAUGCUUAUCAAACAAGUUGCCACUGCCCUUCAAAAAGAUGUUCCAUCAAUCAAGAUUCACUCGACACUUUCUCCAAUACCGGGAUUCCGCCCGUGGUUGAUAAGAAAUCUCAAAGGAAAUGCCGAAUAUGAUUCGAUUGUCGAUGAUAAAGUGAUUAACUGGGUGUCAAAAGUUCAUGGAAGUCCUGUUGAUAAGGGAAAAGCAACCGAACUUUUGCUUCAGCUUGUUUCAAAUGAAAAAACAAAAAAGGAAAAGUUGAAUAUGAUUCGGGAUAUUCUCAUGUACGCCUGUGCUCAUUAUUUAUGUCGGGCUAAGAGAAAUGGAUUCGCACUGAAUUCAGUUGCAAAUUUCCAUAUUCGAAAUGGCGCUGAGUUGUACAGAUUAAAUUGGCACGGAGAUACCAGUCAUCGCGGAAUAAACAAUAGUUUUGGAAUUAUGGUUAAUUAUAGAUAUGAUCUUGAACGGGUUCCAGAGAACUGUGCCGCUUAUACACAGAACAAAACGAUGGCUAUCCAUCAAAAUGUUCUAUCGAUUCUAGAUUGA